AUGGCAGCGUCCCAGUUUCUCCAUGCAGCCUAUCCGGAAGCUCUCUCCGACAAGCCUUUCAGUCAGGUGCCGAACAAUGCGCGCGUCAAACAGCAGCUCUGCGAAGUUCGUGUCCCGCCGCACGCCAUUGCGGAACUCAAGCGUCUCAUUCAGACGGCCAGACUUGGCCCUGAGACGUUUGAGAAUUCACAACCAGAGCCCAACGCAAAGGCGAGGGUUCAAGAUCAUAUCAACAGCGUCCCCCACUUUAACAGCGAAGUCGACUACGAAGGCCAUAAGUAUACCAUCCACUACCUUGCUCUCUUCUCCAAGCGUAGCGACGCCGUACCUCUAGUCAGCAUCCAUGGCUGGCCCGGCUGCUUUCUAGAGUUUCUUCCACUCAUGAACCUCCUCCAAAAGAAGUACACUCCUGAUACUCUCCCCUACCACUUUAUCGUCCCAUCAAUGCCGGGCUACACCUUCUCUUCCGGACCCCCUAUCGAUCGUGACUUUUCCACAUUGGACGUGAGCCGUAUCUUCCAGAUCCUCCUCCGCCAGCUUGGCUUCAACGAUACCCAGUACGUCGUAGCCGGCGGCGACGUGGGCAGCCGCGUGGCACGAGCCCUCGCUGUCGAAGACCAGGCCUGUUCCGCCAUCCACCUAAACUUCUGCUUCGACCUCAACAUGCACGGCUUCCCACGAGAUAAUCUUGCCGCAGAGGAGACCCGCCGCCUGGAGACGCUCGACGAGUUCAUGCGAACAGGCGUCGGCUACGGCCAAAUGCAUGCCACGCGCCCCUCGACCAUCAGCUUCGUCCUCUCCUCCAACCCCGUCGCCCUCCUCGCCUGGAUCGGCGAGAAAUUCGCUACCUGGACCGAUAGAACACCUCCGCUCGACACCAUCCUUACGUUCAUCACGGUCUACUGGCUCACAGACACCUUGCCGCGGAGUAUAUACCCCUACCGAGCAGACUUCGCAUCCAGCGAUGAGGUGCCGUCACAUGGGAAUCCGCGUUGGCGCAUCCCGGACGGGAAGCCGUUUGGGUUUUCGAGCUUUCCGAAGGAGAUCCUGCCGGUACCGAGGGCGUGGGUUGACAGGACGGGGAGGGUCACGUUUUGGAGGGAGCAUGAGGCGGGGGGCCAUUUUGCGGCGUUGGAGGUGCCGGAGGUGGUGCUGGGGGAUUUGGAGGAGUUUGUGGGGCACGUCAAGGCAGAAAGACAAAUUUGA